AUGGCUUCCUCCAACACAAAAGCUGCGGGAUAUUCCCAUGGCGACGCUUUCAACUCUGGAUUCCUCCCUGUUGGCAGCAUCCACAAACUCUGGUUUGCGGAAUACGGGUUGCCAACAGGCCGCCCAGUCCUCUUUCUUCAUGGCGGUCCUGGAGGCGGGACGUCUCCUACCAACACAGCAUUCUUCGACCCAAAGGUCUACCGUGUUGUUCUUAUGGACCAACGCGGCGGUGGAAAGUCAAUCCCGGCGGCGGAAAUCCGCGAGAAUACGACCCAGCACCUGGUCGACGAUAUUGAGAAGCUGCGAGAACACCUAGGCAUUACCCAGUGGGCUAUGGUCUUUGGCGGGUCUUGGGGAAGUACUCUGGCGCUUGCUUACGCUGAGGCAUACCCUCAGACCACUUCGUCUCUAGUCCUCCGCGGGAUAUUCGCUGUGCGAGAGUCUGAACUGGCCAAUGCAUUUGCUCGUUAUGGAGCGGUUAACCAACUUUUCCCCGAAGAAUACGACGAGCUCCUGGGACACCUGAAAGGGAAGACAACCAAAAGCGCAGAGAGCUUGUCUGAGACGCGAACACUGCUGACGGAAUAUUACCGACUACUCACUGACGAUGAUCCGGCUGUUCACAACCCCGCAUCUAGGGCUUGGAACAAAUACGAGAUCACAGCAAGUACGCUCUUGCGGAAUGCUGAACUUCACGCCCAACUCGACGGCAACGAGACCUGGAACCUUCAGCACGCACGGAUUGAAUGCCACUAUUUUCUUCAUGGAGCUUGGCUUGAGGACGGGCAAUUGCUGAAACCGAGCAAUCUGGAGCGCAUCAAACACAUUCCAUGCCAUAUCGUCCAGGGUCGCUACGAUAUAGUGUGUCCUGCUCGGACUGCCCAGGAUCUUCAUCUAGGAUUGCCGCAGUCAAAACUUCAUAUUAUUCCUGAUGCGGGACACAGUGCUAAUGAACUCGGAACAAAAGCAAAGCUGAUUGAAGUUUGUGAUGAGAUUGCAAAACUCUAG